AUGGAUCAAGAAAGAAAUCGUCAGUUUUCUACCGGCCAAAUGAAGAUAGCGGCGAAGAGAAGCUUCAUACGCGUGCCAGGAUUUGGCAAUUCUUCUGACCACAACUAUGAGUCAACGGUCGUGAGCCAAUUCCAUUCACAAGAAUGUCCCGUGGCCAGGGUCACAAAAAGUGACGUACAAGUCGACUACGUUCCUGAAGACUUGAAGGUACCUGUUAAUUCAGCCAGCGCUUUAAACUUGAAGUCAUCGCCAAUGAAAUCAUUGACAAAACGACAUAUACCAAUCAAAGAUUUUGCCAAAGGGUCACGGAUCAAUGGGAGAACAUUUAGUAGAGAUAUUGAAGCCGGCACCGCGGAAAGGCGUCGACUUACUCCCGAAAAAGACGCUAAAGAGCAGCGCUUUUUGAACGAAAAAUUUCCGAUAUCCAGCAGACGAAUGUCUUGUCCUGAUGGCUCUUUAAAAGAACGAUUUGGAGCUUUCUCAAGAACUAGCACUGCGAAAGGGAUGGCGAGGUCCAAGCGGAAAUUACACCUCACGGUGCGAAUGAAAAACUACUUCGACGCUGAAGCCGACGAAUCACGCGAUUCUUUGCCAAAAAUUAACGAAUCACUGGGAAGAUCUAAUACUGAUGAAAAUCAAUUGCUUUUACUUGUUGGAAAAAAUUUUGAAAAGAAAACACAGAAAUCGCCGCCGCCAAGAGCGUUUGACAUAGAAAAAUCUACGGAUGGAAUUCACCUUGGAUUUCUCGAGUCUAAACUAUCAAGUGUUAUCCCAUCGCCAACUUCGGAAUCGGAGGGUAAUAAUCAAGGACAAGAAAAAACAUUGAAUGAUAAAAGCAAGAUCAUCGAAAUCACUUUCGACAACAAACAACAUGAUAUUGCUCCUUCAAAAUUUAUAAAUUUAUCAACCCGAAAUAAUACCAAAUCGUCAGGAAAAAUAAAACAAAGUAUGGAUAUUGAUCUUAUACGUCUGAGCGUGGGUCAAGCGGAAAUGACGAGAGGACCUCAGUCACGAAGGCAGGUAACACAAAGAAAAGGAAGGGCAAGUCCACGGCCAAGAAGAGUCAACUUCACACCAAAUAGCAUGAACGGCGAACUUUCUCAGGAAACGCUUUUAACUACAACCUCGGAGCAAGAUAUAGACCGCAAGGUCCAGGCUUUCUUAAGAAGCCAGCAGCCAAUGGCGAGCCCAGAGACAUUAAAGGUAAAGGUUUCUAAGAAGUCUAAGUCAUUUCUGCCGAAUUACACUCUGCAAGAGAGGCGGUACACGCCCCGAGUUUGUAUUAACACUGAUACGUGUCCAUCAACUUCAAAUCUCAUCAAUCAAGACCGUUCAUGGUACUAUCAAGACAGAACAGGCAAAUGUCGGUAUUUAAGGGUGCCUGAGUCACCGAUUCCACCUGUAGAAUGGAUUUUCCAACACGAAGAUGAAUAA